CCGCCACCCGCCUGAGGGAGGCAACGAGCUGAUCCAUGCCUCAUACUGGGUCACCGCUCAAGGGCUCAUGGCGUUGGAGGACGAGACAGGAGCUUACAAGCUCAGCAGCGACUUCCAGCCGUCCUUGCAUGGUGCAUUCCACAGGGGCAUCCCAAACGGGGGGCGGCAUUCCCUCAACUAGGGCAUGUUUGCGCUUCUGGUAAAAGCUGGGAAGACAAAGCACCCAUCCGGCGUCUAUAUAAGGGAGCCAACUUCGGCUGUUCUCUCUGUUCCUCAUCACGCUCUCUAUUGACAAUCCAGUCUCUCGUUCCAAAGUCUCUUCUCAAAACAAAAAACCAACACAUCUUUUCUUCUACCCAGCCACAAUGAAGUUCACCUUCGCUACUGCCAUUGCUGCUUUCGCCGCCUCCGUCGUGGCUGCUCCCCCUGGCCAGGCCGCUGGCAACGGUGUCGGAAAUGCUGGCAACAGCAACGUCCGCUUCCCCGUUAGCCAGGACACCACUGUCGAGCAGGCUUCCACCAAGUGUGGUGACCAGGCUCAGCUCUCUUGCUGUAACGAGGCCACCUACGCUGGUGACACCACCACUGAGCAGCAGGGCGUCCUUGCUGGUGCCCUCAGCGGCCUGCUCGGCCAGGGCUCCGGUGCUGAGGGUCUCGGUCUCUUCAAGGGCUGCUCCAAGCUCGACGUUGCCGCUCUUAUCGGUGUCCAGGACCUCAUCAACAAGAACUGCCAGCAGAACAUUGCUUGCUGCCAGAACUCUCCUUCCGAGGCCAACGGCGACCUUAUCGGUCUCGGUCUUCCUUGCAUUGCUCUUGGUUCGCUUCUCUAAGCUCGUCGAUGCUGG